AUGGCAGCAGAGUAUCGUGUGUCGCUCUCUUAUCCGAACCCAUCUCUGGGCCAGAUGGGGACAGGAUCACAAACAUCCAACUCUAUAGAUGACGAGGCUUCUCGCUCAAAAUUUGGCUAUGGAGGCUCGCAGCAGGUCAAGGGCUUGCAACAGGUGGUCUUGGUCGUAACGCUACUCAACGGUCUUUUGAUCUCGACUCUCGAUACGUCGAUCGUAUCUACGUCUCUGGUCACAAUAUCGAAUGACCUGGGCGAUUUUGUCAAUGCGCCGUGGAUCAUAUUGGCGUAUCUGUUGACAUAUAUGGGAUUCGCCGUCUGUAUUUCGAAGAUGAGCGAUAUAUAUGGACGGAAGAACAUUCUGGCUCUUUGCUGGGUCAUUUUCUCUGGAUUUUCCUUGGGCUGUGCCAACGCUAAAGAUAUGACUGCACUCAUCGUGUGUCGUGCAUUUCAAGGCAUAGGAGCAUCGGGGUUAUACAGUUUAACGCAAAUAGCCCUUGUCGAAGUCGGCCCUGUCCACCGCCCUAGCCUGAUCGGAGCCUUGAUCGGAGCAACGCUUGCUAUUGCCUUUAUUCUUGGCCCUCUUCUUGGAGGCCUGAUUUCAAGGCUAUCUGACUGGAGGUGGCUCUUCAACCUCAACAUCCCCUUUGGACUGGUAUCUAUCCUCGCCAUUACAAGCUUUUGGCCUCAGGAAGAGGUCUCCCAUCUGCUCUCCUGGGGGGCUUUUACCAGCAUAGACUUUUUCGGUGGCGCUACUCUGCUUUGUAGCUCAUCUCUGCUUGUGUUUGCUAUUCAACAGGCUGGCUCUCAGACAUUUGCAUGGUCUCAUCCGAUCAUCAUCUUGGCCUUUAUCAUAUCUGGCUUAAGCUGCAUUGCAUUCAUAUGCUGGGAGGUGAUUCUAGAUUCGAAGAGGCAUCGUCAUAUUGAGCCGAUAUUUCCAAUUCGCUUAAUGUUGAAUAGGGUCUAUGCUUCAGGUCUCAUACUUACUCUUCUCACGGGAUUUUCAUACAUCUCUCUCACAAUUGUUAUACCGGAGCGUUUCCAAAUUGUCAAUGGUGACAAUGCUCUCAUAGCCGGCAUUCACCUGUUCCCACUUCUUUGUGCCUGCGCGAUCGGAUCCUUUCUGGGCGGAGCAAUAUCUAACCGGCAGAAUAACACUUCAUACACGCUCAUUGGGUCAUCCUGUCUCCAACUUCUAGGGCUUGGACUGAUGACAACACAGUCAAGGGAAAACAGUACAAAGCCGUCUCAGUACGCGUAUCAGGCAUUGUUCGGAUUAGGAGUUGGCCUAUGCUUUUCUGCAACGACCAUCAUGACGAGCAUCUCUACUGCCGAGUCAAGCGAGAAGGCUACCGCACAGGGUGCCAUUGCUCAGGCCCGAGUGUUGGGGGGCAGCAUAGGGCUUUCCAUCUGCACGGUCAUAUUUAAUAUUCACGUUAACCGAUAUCUAGAAGGACACUUGACCGAACCACAGCUUGAAAGCCUUCAUCGAUCGCCGUUGUCAGGACUGCAACUACCCAUCGACCAGCGAGAUCUAGUUAAGACCGUCUAUGCUGGGGCAUAUGCUGAGGAGAUCAAAAUCAUGGCCUGUGUUUGUUCAGCCAUGGUGAUUGCCGCUUUUUUCACCCUGGAAAGGCACCCUGCGCCACUAACGAGAAUAAGGUCGAGAUCAGAAGGAGGCCGAUUUUCGAAGCGUGGGAAUGACUCAGAGACGGAAAUGAUUAGCAUGGGCGAUGCCCGUCAGACUGCAUGA